AUGCUGAACUGUUUUCGGAUAUCUGCUCUAACGAAACAAUUCUGUUCUCGAUCUGUCAUUCAGGUCUGUCUGAGCAUAUUGGGUACCUGGGCUGGACCUGAAUGGACUCCCGCUCAGAGUCUCUGGACCGUCCUCGUUUCCAUCCAGUCUUUGAUGAACGAUCGACCGUAUCACAAUGAACCGGGUUUUGAACGUGAGAAAAAUCCAGGUGAUUCGGAACGCUACAACACAAUCAUCGCUCACGAGACAAUUCGAUGUGCCGUAUGUGACGUGUUGGAAGGGCAUUCUUGGUGUCCUCCAGAUCUACUAUCCGUGGUUCAAUCCAGCUUUGAAGAUUACUAUGAUCACUAUGUGGAGGUGUGUAAACGAUAUGUACAUCUGGACGGGCAGCGGAUGAACGAUCCGUUUGGUGAACGGCGAGGCAAAUUUGAUUUUGUUGCACUGCUACAUCGGUUAAAACGGAUCAGAACACAACUGUGCGGUCCGGACUCUAUCGAUAGGAACAGUACAAACUAA